AUGAACUGGCUCAAGUCUACUCUUGCCUCCGUUGCCGGUACGCAGGAACCGAUCUAUGGCCCUGAAGCCAUUCAAUCCGUCGCUCGCCAGACUGAAGAGACCCCUUAUACCGAACUCACCAGGGAUGACCUUCGUUGGCGCGCUCACCAGUACACCAAUGUCGAGACUCAGGUCUUCUACAUCAUGGGCGACGAUGGCACUUUGGCCAUGGCUCAGGUGAUCUACAGCAACAUUGCAGGUCUACACACCACCGCCCAGUUCACCUCCAAGAUCUUCAACCUCAACGGCGACGCGCCCCACAACUGGCACUCGGAUCCCCUGACCAACUUCAUGUUUGAUGAGAGCAUGCAUUCGUUUGGUGCAGACAACCUUGCCGUGCAACUCAGCGAAGAUGGUGACACUUACACCAUCAAGUCCGCCGUAAACGAGGAUAGUCUGGUGAACCUGACAUUCAAGCGCUCCUCCCCUGGUUUCAUGGUCGGCAAGAACGGCACCUCUUACUUCGGCACGGAUCCCGAGAACCCCUGGGGUUCAAUGAGCCACGCCUUCUGGCCCCGCUGUGCUGUCGAGGGAACCAUCACGACCAAGGAGAAGACUUAUGAUCUUAAGGGCCGGGGGUUGUUCAUCCAUGCCCUCCAGGGCAUGAAACCUCACCACGCCGCUGCGCGGUGGAACUUUGUCAACUUCCAGACCCCCACAUACUCUGCUGUCAUGAUGGAAUACACCACGCCGCCUUCAUACGGAUCGACCAAGGUCAACGUCGGCGGUAUUGUCAAAGAUGGAGAGAUCGUCUACGCGGGUAUCAACAACACCGCGACUCACACUGAAGCUUCCCAAGAUCAAGAAAGUGACUGGCCCGAGCCCAAGUCCAUCAAGUGGGUCUGGGAGGGCAAGACCACGGACGGUCAGGGUGUUCAUGCGGAGCUUAACGGGGCGCUUGGCAACCGCUUGGACCGGAUCGACGUGAUGGCAGAAGUGCCCGGCUUCGUCAAGGCCAUUGCUGGCAGUGUUGCCGGCACGCGACCGUACAUCUUCCAGUACUGCCCCCAAGAGAAGCUCUCGCUGAAGAUCAAGGUCGGCGACUCGGAGGUCACCGAGCAGGGAACUAUGUUCUCCGAGGCCACGUUCAUCUCAUAG